CUAGGCUCUAAUCCCCCAAGCGAGGCCGGUACCAAGGCGGGAAAUUCUAAAGAUGGCUUCCCGAGGAGGGUUUCUCGUCGGCGAUGGAGCACUUCGCCGACGUAAACCCACUCAAAAGACUACAAACACAGCACUAAAGGCACACAAGACAACAAAGCGCAAGAAAAGAAAGCCUGAAUGGGAUAGCACAGUGAACGAUCUAAAUGUUUACAAGGCAUCCGAGGAUGAAGUGAGGCAUAGACAUGAGGCACACAAAUCUAAGAAUUAUGGCCUCCCAAGAAAGCAAGCAACUAAUAAAGAAAACAGCCCAGGUUAUAUCACUACACCAAACAGUGCUCAGAGAAAACAGGCCAUCUUACAGGAAAUUUUGUAUGGCCGAGACCAGUUCCAAGAUGUUCUUGCUGAGUCAGAUAGAACUAUGUCUGUUGUAAAGGAUCUAUUUGGAGAUGAUCCAAAGAAGUACAUGGGAUUUCCAAACAUCACUGUACCACCUCAAGUGUUGUCUGAAAACACUGAAAGAAAUGGUCCAAUCGCUGAAGUGCCUGAGGCUCAAACACAGCUGACACAACUAAGCGAGUCGGUAAUGCAGACCACAGCACUGAAUGAGAUCUCAGAAGACGAGGGGAACAGUAGUGGAACAGAGCCCUCCCCGCAAAGUAAUCAAAACCAGGCAGCUCAGAGAAUGACCUUCCAACCAAGACUAGACCUGCAGAAGUUUAAAGAGUUUGUAUCGCAAGAGCAAAAUGAUAGUGGGCAGCCAAGUUAUGAGGUCAAAAAUCCUAUAUCUGCUAGUAGAAGCCAGGGGAUACCACCAGGAAAGGUAUUACAGCCAGCAGUACAAGCUGAAGAUCACAGCUCAUUCCUGAGUGGCACAAGCGGGAACACCAUUCUUGCUGGAGCCCCUAAUUUUAUGUUUCCAGCCCAACAAUCAUCCGGGGAGCCAACCGCCAUUGCUGAAAUACCAGGCAGUGAACAGCUGGAACAAACAGGUGAGGUCAAAGCAAGGGUCAAAAGUAAUGAAAAAGCACCAAAAUUGAAAGCAACUGUAAAGCCUGCACAAGGGCCAAAGGGCCUGAGAUGUCUAGAUGACCUGAAAAAGAUGGUGGAGAACCUGGAGGAUGAGAUAGCCGAGUAUGAAAUGGAGACUGGCAGAGAGUCAAGUGGAAAAACUAAUCAGACCAACUCCUUCAGUGGCUACACAUCUGCUCUUGUCAUGGCUGUCACCAAGCUAAUGAGAUACCUUAAAGAGAGUGAGAUACAAAGAAGAGCUGAGGCAGUUAUUAGAGACCAAAUACUGCAGGGGUUUGCAGAGCAGAGAACUCUUAUUGAUGCUUUGACUAAUGAUAUUGUUCAGACCCAGGAACAGAACAUGAUUCUCCAAGAAGAGAUGCAUGUCUACCGUACCAAUACAGACAACCAACUCCACUACCUUACACAUGAGUUGCAGACUGUUCUGAAGAGUUUUGAAUAUCACACUGUCCAAAGCACCAUUAAUGCAUUGCACUCUACCAAACCAGUACAACUCCACGCUGGUACCCGUGCAACAAAGUGUGACGAAGUACUUCCUGGAAAUGAUCUACCAUCUGGUGAAAACCCAGUGGUAUCUAGAGUGCAGACAGAAGGAGCAUACAUCCCGGUGUCUAGAGAUGGUUAUGAUGAGGAGCAGUUUAAUCUACCAAGAGGAGAAACAGAAAAAAAUAUUCAACCACAGCCAACAGUUUUAAGCAACGCAAGCCAGAAGGGUCCUACAAAUCUGGAAUCUGUGCAUCAACAGAUCAAGAAUCCAACCUAUCAAACAAUACCAGAGCCUGAUGCUUGGGUUCCUUCUCAUCAACAACAGAUUGAGAAGCCACCCUUUCAAACAAGACCAGAACUUGAUCCAUUGAUCACACAGCACAUGCACAUAGAUAAUGCAACAAAAAACAUUACUCCACAGCCAGAAAACAACCAAUUACCAGGCAGCAUUGCUGCUCCUCAGCAGCAAAAAUUUGCACCAUCCUAUCAGUCCAAUGUGAGUGUGGCAACAAGUCAGCCACCCCAGCCUAUGAGUCAGAGGGCGGAUCCUCAUAGGACACAGCCCUCAGUUGAUGGCGCGUCAUAUGUGACUUUUGACCAUAAUAACAACGUCAGGCUUCAGUCCAUGGAUCCGUUCAAUCCCCAGGCCUACCUAGCUCCCGUCACAUCUGUAGGGGUAUUAGGUGUGUCUAACUUUCAAAAACACAAUACAGCUAACACUAGGAACAAGGAACAACCCAUGAACCAUGUGAGCCUUGGGUAUCAAAAAGCACCAAAAGGGAGUAGCUUUGAUUCAUCUGCACCUUUGAGUAGUACAAAUGGCACAUCCUAUCAUGGUGGCAAGCCAUCUAAAAAUACAGUCAACAUGCAACCAUAUUUUGCACCAGUUUGGGGAUCCAAUACCAAUACUACUACGACUACUUCUCCAAAUAUGUCUUCAACAAACUAUACCUCAAGUGUGUUGACUAAAACUGUUAUCACAUCAGAUGAUUAUUCUAGAACUACAAGGCCAGAAAGCACAUUGAUGACCCAAGGGACUUCACAACAAACCUUGUCACAGCCUGUUGUUAGCAGUACAGAAAACGGACCUCUAACUUAUCCAAACAAUGAACUCUCUCAAUCCCUUCUCAAGGAUGCUGUUGCUAAGAUGACAAACAGUGAUUGGGACAGUAGGCGGGAGGAGUCAUUCAUUGCCAGGUCAUUCCUAAAAGAGCAGCAAGCUACCGAGCAGUUACGCCAGAGGCUUGAAGUGAUUGCGCGCAAGCAGAAAGACAUAGCAGCUACACGGGCAGGACUUGCGACUGGGGUGAACCGGAAUAAACAACCUGUUGUUGAGAUACCUGCAGGCCACUCACAGCAGCCACCCUCCCCACAUGUGCACUUUAAGGACCCCUUGGUAGCCCCUAAUCAGUCAGGGUCUGACCCUCCCAAGAAGUCCCCCAGUGUCUCGCCCAUCCCAUUCAAGGUCCCCAUGGUCCCUCCUGUACAUAAGGUAGAUAAGGCAGGAAGGGGGCAAGAGCGACGUGUUGUGGUAAACCUGCCGUCUGCAUGGUCAGACGUGUCAUCUACAUUAUCAUUAUGAACUCCUGGAAUAUGAAGGACAUCAGUGACUAAUUCCAUUAUAAUUUAUUUUAUUCAAUGUUCUGUUUAGGUCCAGCAAUUAUAUAUUACAUAAAUUAUGAGUAGAUGUCAAAGAACAAUUUUUUUUACUGCAAUGAGUUUGUGUGUCAUAGUAAAAUAGGUUCGUUAUUUGUAAUAUUAGCUAACCAUUAACCAUUGGUAUGUCAUUCAUUUAAAAUCAAACAAAAGACAAAUUUGUGUGUGCAUUUUUUAAAUCAGAUUAUGUAUGUAGGUAACACUCAACUACUGUAGGGGUUCGACUCGAAUGAAAAGUAUUGUAAAAAUGCUACCCUCGCCCUUGUUAAAUAAACAACAUUUUAUUAUA